UAAAUUCACCGGGAAAUUCACCGGCUCUUUUUGGCACUUUUCUCACCACCACCAUCACCACCGUCACCGCCGCCACAGACAACCACCUCCUCCGGAACAAAAGUUCAAUAGUUCCACCUAAUUCACUAGCCCUACUGCCACCAUAGCGACGCCGCCUCCGUAGUUCCUCCGACAUGCCGGACCCAAUCCCCAACGCCAAUAACCAAAAUAACCGCCCCUCUUCAUCUUCCUCCGCGCCAUCACCUAUGGAAAUCGACGGGUACGAAGAGGACUUAAUGUUAUCGAAGUCGGAGUUCUUGACCCGGUACGAGGUAUUAAAACGCCGGUCGCGUCGGCUCAAGCAACUCGCGAAAAUCUAUAGGGACCAUUACUGGGCACUGAUGGAGGAUUUGAAGCUCAAGUAUAGAGAGUACUAUUGGGAGUAUGGUAAAAGCCCUUUUCAAGAAGAUGAUGAGAAUAAUAACAAUUUGGUUAGUAGUAAUGGCAGUAAUCAUAAUAAUGUGAAUAUUAAGGGAGAAAAUGGGGAGGCGAAUAUUCAAGGAAACGCAGAUAAUUGUCAUGGAAACGUUGGCGGAAGUAGGAUUUGUGGAAAUAGGUGUGGAGUUCAUGGCUGUAAAUCGAAGGCUAUGGCGUUAACGAGGUUCUGCCAGAUGCAUAUUCUGUCUGAUAACAAACAGAAGCUCUACAAGGCCUGCAAUUAUGCUAUUAAAAGUCCACCAACAGGACCGAUCCUCUGUGGAAAGCCAAUCCUGAGGUCCACUGUCCCUUCUUACUGCGCUCUUCAUUUCCAGAAGGCUGAAAAGCACGUGGCAAGGGCUCUUAAGAAGGCUGGUCUUAAUGUCUCUUCUACAAGCAAGCUUGCUCCCAAGUUCCAUGUUGUAGUUGCAGAAUACAUCCGCCAGAUUCAAAAUAAAAGAAGAGCUGCCCAAAAGGCUCUUUCAGAAAAUGCUGACGUGAAGGAGGAUAUAAGCUGUUAAUACUUUAGAUCAUGCAGAGAUGUUUUCCUUCGAACAGAUGUUAUAUAAAACGUUUGGAUGGCUGAAAGUCGGGCUAACUCCCCUAUUUCUUGUUUGACGCUUGGCUAUAAAGUUCUGAAUCUAAAUUUUUUUUCCUACCAGAUGGAUGGUUUGAGCUCUAGCAGCAGUAUAGCAUAAAUAUAAUUGUCGUGUUUGUUGAUC